AUGUCAACAUUUACAGCUGCUACAAAUGCUCAAGCGGCUCCGUCAAGUGCCGGUGGCGACGACUUUGAUGAUGAAUGGACAGACGACGAAGAUGACGUACUUGUGGGGAAAGAGUGUAUUCCUUCAUACACCCUCCGACGCCUGAUUGCGUCUAUUAUUCGGCGAGUGUGCGGCGACAAGUUGUUUAAAGGAAAAGACUUGGAUGCAGUGGCGUUUUGUGGCUGCCUUGGAUCCAUCGACACGAAGUGCUCGACGUCACUAACAACUAGUGAGGAGAGCUCAUUGCAAACCGUUCGGUUUCGUGACAGCCUCAUUCUCGCAUCGAGGUGUAUGGCGAUCAGACAACCGCCUAGAAAAUCCUGUCGCAGUACGGCUCCAUUGUACCAGAACAGUUUUCGUGAUGGUGUCGCCAAUCGCGUCGUGCGCGAUGUUCGUGAUGGACGUCAGUUCUCAAUUGCACAGAAUCAUCGGCUGUCUGUGCAAGAGGCUGCUGCCACACUUGCACGUUCUCAUUCACGGGCGACAAGCGGGUCUCGAACAGACGUCUCAACAGACGACGACGUCCCACACAGAACGCCCGUCUCGUCGAACCCUGGGCGAAGACGUUCGUCUGCUCACGUCUCCGACAGUAUUGUCUGUGAAUGUGGUCAUCAUUCACAAAACGGUCACCGAAUAUCAGCACAGAAGCGACGUUCCUCCAACACUGUGGUACAGGAUGCCGGUAAUCAUGUGAAUCUUAACCAGCGAUCGGCGAUUAGCCGCAGUCAUUCUGCAGGCGGCACUGAACGCCUUGGAUCCAGUAAAGUCAACCGAAAUAUUAAUAGGUUUUCCAAUUUUGUGAAAUCCGGUAUGGAAGCUUAUAUUCUUGGAGAAUCACGAAUGAAUGGACAACCUGGAGAGAAACACGAAAUUAUUAUUAGUGGUCCGUUAAUACAGUGGCGUCCAAUUCAGCAGUAUUAUACGUGUACAGUCUCCCGUCGUUAUAAACAUUUCGAUUGGUUACACGAUCAGCUUUCAGCUAAAUACAUAAUGAUAGCGAUACCACCUCUACCUGAGAAACAGGUGUCAGGGCGUUACGAGGAUGAACUUAUCGAUCACCGUAAGCAUAUUCUACAACUAUGGGUGAAUAAAAUUUGCCGUCAUCCCGUACUAAGCCACAGUGAAGUUUGGCUUCACUUUAUCACCUGCACAGACGAAAAGGAAUGGAAGAACGGCAAAAGGAAAUCUGAGAAGGACGAAUAUGUGGGUGGUAAUUUCUUUAACUGUGUUACGGUUCCGCAUGAGCGUCAAAUGGACAAAUUUCAACGAAGUGUGAAAACAACCGAGGACGCAAUGCGGGUAAUGCAAGAACGACUGACCGUAUUCCAGAAACUCUUCGUGGGACCGGUAAAAUCAAAUUGGCAAAAGAUGGCUUUAGCAUUUGUGACUUUGGCGCAGUCAUUCCACACUGAUGAUCAUCCUGGAAGUAAUCGUAUGGUGGAAGCACUGAAGCAGACUGCACAUCAUUAUCAUCAGAUCGGUAACGACUUCGAGCAACAUUCGCGUAAUGAUAUGGAACCAGUUGUAGAGAGUCUCUAUUCAUUCAAAGGUACCAUUCAAGCGGCACCCGACAUCAUGCAUGUGCAUAAGCAGGCCAUUCAAAAAUACCGCGAAAACGAAGGAAAACUUUCUCACGCGGACGCAGAACGAAUUAAGCGACGCGUCGAUUCAACGAGCUAUGCUGUAUUAGCGGAGAUGAACCAUUUGAAUACAGAAAAGAUAGAGGAUGUGCGAGUGACGAUGCACAGCUACUUGAAGCGGCAAGCGGAUUUUUAUCAAAACUUGGCGAACAGCCUAAACGACAUGGCAAAACUCUACGAGUUCUAA